AUGCCAGAAGAAAGCCCGCUGCUGGGGGGCGCGGGCCGCCCCGCCUCGGUGUUCCAAAAGUGCAAGCGCACGGCGCGCAGGGCGUGCGAUGCAGUAGCACGUAGCGGCGUGUGGCGUCUCGCGGUGCUUGUGCUCGCGGUUGUCAACGUCUGGGCGCUCUUGCACGUCGUCGUGCGGCGCUUGCCCCGUGCCACGCCCGUGGCCGACGAUGUGUGCGAGUCCGAGACAUGCGUCGACGCGGCCUACACCAUGAUCCACUCUCUUAACGAGACCGCCGAUCCGUGCGAGGACUUUUUUGCGUUUGCGACCGGCGGAUGGCAGGCGAGCCACCCGAUUCCCAAGGACCAAGGGGCGUACGAAGCCUUUCAGGUGGUCGAGGACGCGAACGAUAAGGUGAUGCGGCGCAUCCUCACCGACCUGCCUGCUUCGAACAAAGUUGACCAGCAGAACCUCGGCACGCUGCGCACUUUUUACGGCGCGUGUAUGAAUACCGACGCACAGGACAAGCUCGGCACCGCGCCGCUCCUCGACGAGUUCCGGGCGUUGCACAGCGUACUGACAGACAGCAAAGCGCCGCUUGCAGAUACGCUGGCUUGGCUGCACGCGCGGGGCUACGAUGCGCUCUUUUCGUCCGAUAUUAGCGGCGAUGCCGGCAAAGCGCCGCUGCUUGCGAUUCCCGAAGUGAGCCCCGGCGGCCUGGGCCUGCCGGAUCCUGCGUACUAUGAAGACAAAAAGGCCGUGGACAUGUACCGCGACCUGAUUGUCGACGCGGUGCGUGCGCUGCACAAGGAGGCGCACAGCAGCCUGCUGCCAAUGGACAUGGACGCGGACGCCGUUGCCUUGGCGAUCGUUGCGUUCGAGGCCGAGGUCGCCAAAAUCACGCCGGAUAUGGUCGAGCUAAGUGAUCCAGUCGGCAUUUACAACCCCAUCUCGCCUGCGGCCCUCGAAAAAAUGGCGCCGGCGGUCGACUGGCGCACCUACUUUAAGCGCAUGAGCGGCGAGCGCGCAACGCCCAAGUCGGUCAUUAUCGCGAGCCCCGCGUACAUGAAAAAGCUGAGCAAGCUGCUGGAGACGACGCCUAAAAAUACCGUGCAUGCAUACCUGUACUGGACGGUGGUCCGCGACGCGGGCCGUUUCCUCGGCCCGAACGUCACGCUGGGCGAGCCCGCGCGCCGCCUCAAUCGCUUCGCACGCGGCGUCGACGUCGACGUGCGCGACAACCGCGAGUCGCAGUGCCUCAAGGCGACCAACAGCGCGCUCGGCCUCAUGUCGGGCCGCUUCUUUGUGCAAGAGGCGUUCGGCUUUGACAGCAAGACGCAGGUCGAGCGCAUCAUCGACCAGAUCCGCAAGGCGUUCUACCGCCGCCUGCACACGAUUCCGUGGCUCGACGGAGAGACGCGCAAGGCCGCGCUGCGAAAAGCCGAGUGGGUCGCCAUUGAAGUCGGCUACCCCACUGUGCCGAACACCGAGAGUGCCACGUCGAUUCGCGACUGGUACGCGGACCUCGCGGUGGGCGACGCGUACUUUGCCAACAGGCUCGCCGCUCGCAAGUUUGAGGUUGCGCAGCAGUGGGCGCGUCUCGGCGGCGAAAUCCUGACCGGUAUGAGUGCCGCGAUGGUGCCGAGCGAAGUCAAUGCAUUCUACAAUCCCCCCCACAACGAGAUCGUCUUCCCGGCCGGGAUUCUCCAGGCGCCCUUCUUCCACCCCCGCUGGCCGAUGUAUAUGCAGUACGGUGCCUUUGGUGCGGUCGCCGGCCACGAGCUCUCGCACGCGUUCGACCCGAAUGGCCGCCUGUACGACGCCGAAGGACUCCUGCACGACUGGUGGACACCGCGCACCGCGUCCGAGUUCCACGCGCGCCAAAAGUGCAUCGAGGAGCAGUACGGCAACUAUACGAUCGACGACGGCGAAGGGCACCAGCUGCACCUGCAGAGCCGCUUCUCGGUGGGCGAGGAUGUGGCGGACGCGGGCGGCAUUGCGCAGAGCUACCGUGCCUGGCGCCACCAGCUCGCGAGCGAUCCCGCGGCCGCGGCGCAGAACAAGCGCCUGCCCGGCCUGUCGAACUAUACGCCGGAGCAAAUCUUUUUCCUGGCCUAUGGCGCGACGUGGGCGAGCAAUGUGCGGACGGCCGAGGCCGUGCGUCUCUUGCGCAUCGACCCGCACUCGCCCGGCAAGUACCGUGUCAAUGGCGUGCUGGCCAACUUCCCUCCAUUUGCCGAAGCGUUCCAGUGCAAGCGCGGCACGCCCAUGGCGCCGAAAGAACGCUGUGAAAUUUGGUAG